AGUUUGUGUUUAUUUGUUACGGAAGUCGCUUUUCAUUCUGAAGAUAUUCGUUCUUUUUACUAAACAAAUAGUUAUCAGAAGCUGUCACUAUUUGUGGAAAUAAGUCUUAUAAGUCAUUUAAACUGCCAACCCAUUAUCGUCAUGUAUCAUGUCCGGAGACCUUAAAUCACAUCUGUAAAUCGGUAAAUUUACAGGAUUUACAAAUAAAUAUCAAUGUGACAGUGGUCGUUUUGUGGGAUGGAGAAUUAUGAGAAGAUACACAAGAUAGGCAAAGGAGCCUGCGGUGCCGUCUUCCUGGUCAGACACAAGGAGAGCAGAAAAUUGUUUGCCCGAAAGACAAUCGAGCUAGAUGAAGGCAAAAAGACAAGAACAAAGGAGGCUGUUCAGAAGGAGGCAAGGAUUUUAGCUCAGUUGAAGCACCCCCAUAUUGUGUCUUACCAUGACUCGUUUUUUGACGAGGACUUUGAGUACCUGAACAUCAUACAGGAUUACUGUGAUGGCGGUAAUAUGGAUGACAAGAUCAAGGCGGCAGCAAUGAAGUCCAAACAUUUUGAAGAGCUCCAGAUAAUGGAGUGGUUUCUACAGAUUAUCAUGGCUGUUCAGUACAUUCACAGCAAAAAGGUGCUCCACAGGGACUUAAAGGCUGAAAAUGUUUUCCUGACCAAGAAAAAUGUAGUAAAAAUAGGAGACUUUGGUAUAUCAAAGGUCCUAGAGAACACGGUUGAUGUCGCUCAAACAAUAGUGGGUACCCCCAGCUACCUGAGCCCGGAGCUCUGCCAGGAUAUCCCUUACUCUUCAAAGUCUGAUAUCUGGGCUGUUGGAUGUCUGCUGUAUGAGAUGUGUGCCCUCAAGCCCCCAUUUGAUGCCCAGAACCUUAUCAGCUUAUUCUUCAAGAUCAUUAAGUGUGAAUAUGAUAAAAUACCUUCCAUAUACAGUCCAGCAUUACAAAAUCUAGUGGAGAUGAUUUUAGUGAAGACGCCUGAUGAUCGACCAAGUGCGAGUGCAAUACUGAACACAAGCUUAGUGAAGGAGCACCUGGCCAAGUUCAUCCAGAAGAAAGAGAGCCUGCUGAACCAGCGUACCAGCAAGGAGGACAACUCCACAAACAGCACACCCGGGGCAACAACUCCAGCCACACCCACCCACACUGCCAGGGCAGGCAGACAUGAGCAUAAACAUGACAAUUCAGCAAAGUCUAGUCCAGCAUUGAAACACAACAAACUGAAGAUCUCCAGUCCAAUGAUACAGAGACCAGUAUUACCAGACAAGCGUGGGGCGGCUGAAAGUCCUCGUUCUCCACACAAACAGGACAGUGGGCUCGGGGUUAGCUCAGAAACAGACAUUUUUCGGGAACAGAAACUUGCAGUGCCAAAGCUGGAUGCAGACGUGUCCUCUGAUUACUCCGAUGACUUUGAUGAAUCCUCCCACUCCGAGGGAGAAGAAGACAUAGCUGAGGAGAUUGAGGGAGAGGGUAGCGACUCUUCCUCAGUUGAAGAUAUCAGUGAGAUAGAGAAAGGGGAAGCAGGAGAAAACGCUGAAUAUCCCGAUGAUUUUGAGGAAUACGACUCCAGUGAGGACCUGGAUGAGUUAGUGAUCCAGGCAAGAGAGGCCCAGGACAUCGAGGCCGUGGAUGACUGGUUUGCUGACAGUCUCUCAGAAAUGCACCGGCAACACACAGCAAUACUCAGGCAGCAGUGUAAAGAGGUACUUGGAGGGCGGGGGCUGUACGAGGUCGGGAAACUUGUCAGCAAUGGUACCUUGACAGAGGAAGACCUCAGACGCCAGUGCAACAGUUAAUUACCGGAGUUACGAAGGUCGAUAGGUGAGGAUAAUGCAGAGAUCUGCCAUCUUAACAUAGAUGACCUUGAUUGUGGAUGACCUCACUCUUUUAACUUGUGAAAUAGAAAUUACACAUGUACAUAUUAAGCCCUAUUUGAAUUGGGCUCGGGACCGGCCUGUGACCAAGUGUGCUUUAUUGUACAGUUCUAUACAUAUAGAUGUUAUUGUGUUAUUAGAAGUUGUUAACCAGAGGCAAUGUUAACUUUUUGUAUGCCAUAUGUUUGGCUUUUUACUGUGAUCUUAUUUUAUUUCAUCGGUUCUCCAGAAUUGCAAAAAGUGCUUUAUUACAAAUUAUUUUAAUAAAGAGUAAAAUGCAGGCAUGUUGGUGCAGGGAAUUUAAAGUAAGAAAUAUUUUGGAUAUAGUUUAGGUUUUAUAAUUACAGUUAUUGUGUUGUUCUUUUAAGAAAGACAUUUAUCUUAUAAACAACCUUACAUGUAUUAACAGAUCUGGGCCCAAUUUCUCGAGCAACCUUAAGUCCUUAUAACAGGCUCAAGCUAAUUGCAUUAUAUUCUAUUUCCAUAUUAUUUAUGUAAUAUUCUCAUUUUGAGUGUUCUGAGACUUUUUAUGGAAGUUAUCUGUAUGAUUAACAACUUUUGAUUUUUUAAAAUCAAGUAGGUAUGUAUUUUGGCUAAAUGAAAUAAGAUACUAAAGCUUUUUGUGGUUAAUAAGGUUUUUCGAGAAAUUGAGGCCUGGCUUCUUGUCAAUCCGUCCAUGAUGCAUUGUAAACAUGUAAAUACAAAAGAAUCUACAUGUUUAUGUAUUUGAAUAAUAGUACUAGAUCUGUUUUUGUUCUGUCUAUGUUCAUUGACAUUGUUGCCAAUUGAUAAACGAUUUGAAAAAGAAAGGAUCUCCUGUUGUCCAAACGCUGUACAAAGAAUAGGAAUAGUUCUUUAAUGUUUUGAUUAGUAUUUUAAAACACCAAGAUGGUUAUUGCAAUGGGCUGGGAUAUGAUCUAUUUUUCUCCCACCUCAGAUGAGUAGAUCCAAUAAUUUAACCAUGCUAGAAAUUCUUAUCUUGCCCACGGGCGAAGAUAAAAUGCCCGUAUGGAACUCCUUUUUUAUGGUCACCGCAUUGUAAUUACCUCCCUUGAUAAAGGCUUACGCCUGUAGCAUCAUGGAAACCUUGUCUUGUGGCAAUAUUGAGAACGCUAAUUAAUUAUUUCUCGCUUCAAAUGUCACCAUAAAACAGUCUUCACGCACCUUUCAAGAAAUAAUGCUUCACUCUCCUUAGAACUAUUUAAAGACAGAUUUGACUAUUAACAUAAAUCUGAAUCACUGCGUGCAUAUCAAUGACAACCACGAAUUAUCCCAUAUCCAUACGCAAUUAUUUACACUAAGCACAAAAGAGUUUCAGCAAAAAAUACAUUUUUACUUAAUAUUGUUUAACUGAGGUGGGAGAAAAAGUAUCUACCAUAGCCGCUCGUGUAAGAUAGGUUCAUCCGACCCUCGCGCAGGGUGUUUUGCGGACAUUCGGUAAACCUCGUUUCCGCAAAACACCCUACGCUCGGGUCGGAAUGAACAUAUCUUAUACUUUCGGCCAUGGAAGAUACUUAUAUUCAAACCCUAUAUGGUUUGAUAAACGGUUUAUUAUUGAUUCCAAGUCAAAGAAAAGUUCCGUGUUGCAAUGAUGAUGUGCUGUUGUACACCGGUUGAAUGAGGGUUUAAAAUGUUUAUAAAGAGUUUAAUGGGCUGUAUACAGUUGUAUCUGUCUUAAAAUACAGUCUAUUUUUACAAUAAAAAAUAUUCAAUGA